CUUUAUUCUUUUUUCUAGUCCGCUUCUCUCUCCUCUCUCUUUCAUCUCUCUGUACCCCCAAAUUUUUCGAAAUUCUCAAACCCUAGAUACAUUCAAUUUCAUCUAAUCUCAAUAACUUGUCGAAUUGACAGUUUUUAAUUCGAUUUCAUCCUUAAUCGGAGAACAUGGCGGCGUCAGCAUCGGCGGCGACAACCAGCACGGUUUAUAUUCAGGUCAUAGAAGACGUCGUUAGCAAGGUGCGCGAUGAGUUCAUGAUUAACGGUCCUGGAGAGAAUGUCCUCAACGAACUACAAGCAAUUUGGGAGCUGAAGAUGAUGCAAGCUGGAGUGGUGUGCGGUCCGAUUGAGAGGUCGUCGGGUAUUAAUAAGCCGGUGCAUGACCUUAAUGUGCCGUAUGAAGGGACUGAGGAGUAUGAGACUCCUACUGCUGAUAUACUCUUCCCUCCUACACCAAUGCAAACUCCUCUUCCUACACCACUGCCAGGAAGUGCGCAGACACCUUUGCCUGGUACUGCACAGACUCCUUUGCCUGGAACUGCUCAGACACCUUUGCCAGGAAGUGUGGACAACUCUUCUAUGUAUAACAUUUCCACUGGACUUACUAGUGAGUAUGCAACACCUGUAAGUGAUAUCGGUGGCGGUGCUGAAUCUAGAGCUGGAAGGCCUAGUCCAUAUAUGCAACCUCCUUCUCCCUGGAUGAAUCAAAGGCCUCCUCUUGAUGUUAAUGUCGCUUACGAGGAAGGGCGGGAGGACGCUGACAGAGGAAAUUCUCAUCAAUCCUUGACGCAGGACUUCUUUAUGGGGCCUCCUGGUAAGCGUAAACGCGAAGAUUUUGCUACACAAUAUAACAAUGGCGGAUUCAUACCACAGCAGGAUGGAGCUGGGGAUACACCCUUUGAGGCAAGCAAAGGUAAUGAUCCUCAUGGUAGACGUGGUACAACCAUAACUGCAGAUAUUGAGAUCUUACCUAAUGUGGCAAGGCGAGGCUUCAAAAUUUCUCAACUGGAUGGCCCCAUACCUGAUCCUUAUGAGGAUGUGCUUUCAACUCCAAAUAUGUACAAUUAUCAAGGUGGUGUAAAUGAAGAUUACAACAUUGCAAACACGCCAGCUCCUAAUGAUAUGCAGGCAAGCACUCCUGCUGUAAUGCCUCAAAAUGAUUUGUUAGAUGACGACGAUGAUGAGCCUCUGAAUGAAGACGACGACGACGAUGAUGAUUUAGAUGAUGUUGACGAAGGGGAGGACAUGAACACUCAGCAUUUGGUUUUGGCUCAAUUCGAUAAGGUGACUCGGACCAAGAGCCGGUGGAAGUGCACUCUCAAGGAUGGCAUCAUGCACAUAAACAACAAGGACAUUCUCUUUAAUAAGGCAACAGGAGAAUUUGACUUCUGAUUUUGUUAGAGAAAUGUCUUGCUAUCAACUUAGCUUUUGGCAUUAAAUGAAAAAGGAAAUUUACGAGCUAUCGAUGGAUCUUCCAUGGUUGCUGUUCAGUGAGGUGCUUUUGAUGGUGGGCGUAAUGUACAUAAAGGAAGAGUUUUUUUUUUGUAAUUUUUUUGGGGUCCUCCAGUUUCUGUAAUGGAUGGUAGUAGCUUCAGAUUUUCUUCAAAUUUUACCAUUACUUAUGAAGUUUGUAAUUUUAUUUGUACCAUACCAAUUAGGAAUAACAUUGAUUUUGGUGAUUA